AUGCCUCUUCCAGAAACCAUGUUCUGUGCUCAGCAGAUCAAAAUCCCCCCUGAGCUACCUGAUAUUCUGAAGCAAUUUACGAAAGCUGCUAUUAGGACUCAGCCUCAUGAUAUUGUGCAGUGGGCAGCUGCGUAUUUCUCCGCGUUGUCAAAAGGCGAGCCCCUUCCUGUGAAGGAGAGAAUUGAAAUGCCCUUAGCAGCAGAGAAAACAAAUGCUGGUUUGACCCCAGGACUACUUAAAAUCUUGCACAAACAGCUUUCUCCCCAAGGCAUGGUGAAGGUAGCAGAACUGAAGGAGAAGUGGGAGCACUUGUGCUUGCCAGAGGAGCAGCUGAAAGCUAUCCUGCAGUUGGACAGCUUUGGCGAGGAGGUGGAGUGGAUGAAGGUUCUGGCUCUGGGGUGCAGCGUGCUCGGCCGGUCCUUGCUGAGUUCAAUGAAACAUGCCUGUGAAAUCUUAACAAAGGACCCAGAAGGUGGAGCUGCUCGUGUUCCCUUUGAGACAUUCUCGUUCCUUUACUCGUAUUUGGCCAGCAUUGAUGGAGAGAUACCAGAGGAGGAAACUGAAGCAUUCCUCCACACAAUUAAAGAACAAGCGUAA